GAUAAGUUCUGAACGCCGAAAAGAGAAGUCCAGAGAUGCAGCCAGAUCUCGGCGAAGCAAAGAGUCGGAAGUAUUUUACGAGCUUGCUCAUCAGCUGCCACUUCCCCAUAACGUGAGCUCACAUCUGGAUAAGGCUUCUGUUAUGAGGCUUACCAUCAGCUACUUGCGUGUGAGAAAACUUCUUGAUGCUGGUGAUCUGGACAUUGAAGAUGAGAUGAAGGCCCAGAUGAACUGCUUUUAUCUGAAAGCCCUGGAUGGCUUUGUUAUGGUGCUAACAGAUGAUGGCGACAUGAUUUACAUUUCUGAUAAUGUAAACAAAUACAUGGGGUUGACUCAGUUUGAACUAACUGGACACAGUGUGUUUGAUUUUACUCAUCCAUGUGACCAUGAGGAAAUGAGAGAAAUGCUCACACACAGAAAUGGCCCUGUGAAAAAGGGUAAAGAACAAAAUACACAACGAAGCUUUUUUCUCAGAAUGAAGUGUACCCUAACUAGCCGAGGGAGAACUAUGAACAUAAAGUCUGCAACGUGGAAGGUACUUCACUGCACAGGCCACAUUCAUGUGUAUGAUACCAACAGUAACCAGCCUCAGUGUGGAUAUAAGAAACCGCCCAUGACCUGCUUGGUGCUGAUUUGUGAACCCAUUCCUCAUCCAUCAAAUAUUGAAAUUCCUUUAGAUAGUAAGACUUUUCUUAGUCGACACAGCCUGGAUAUGAAGUUUUCUUAUUGUGAUGAAAGAAUUACUGAAUUGAUGGGAUAUGAGCCAGAAGAACUUUUGGGUCGCUCAAUUUAUGAGUAUUAUCAUGCAUUGGACUCUGAUCAUCUGACCAAAACUCACCAUGAUAUGUUUACUAAAGGACAAGUCACCACAGGACAGUACAGGAUGCUUGCCAAAAGAGGUGGCUAUGUCUGGGUUGAAACUCAAGCAACUGUUAUCUAUAAUACCAAGAACUCUCAACCACAAUGUAUUGUGUGUGUGAAUUAUGUUGUGAGUGGUAUUAUUCAGCACGACUUGAUUUUCUCCCUUCAACAAACAGAAUGUGUCCUCAAACCAGUUGAAUCUUCAGAUAUGAAAAUGACUCAGCUGUUCAUCAAAGUUGAGCCAGAGGAUACAGGCAGCCUCUUUGAUAAACUUAAAAAGGAGCCGGAUGCUUUAACUCUGCUGGCCCCAGCUGCUGGAGACACAAUCAUAUCUCUAGAUUUUGGAAGCAAUGACACAGAAACUGAAGACCAACAACUUGAGGAAGUUCCAUUAUACAAUGAUGUAAUGUUCCCCUCAUCUAAUGAAAAACUGUCAACUAUAAACUUGGCGAUGUCUCCAUUACCUGCCUCUGAAAGUCCAAAGGCACUUCGAAGUAAUGCUGACCCUGCACUCAAUGAAGAAGUUGCAUUAAAAUUAGAACCAAAUACAGAGUCACUGGAACUUUCUUUUACCAUGCCCCAGAUUCAGGAUCAGCCAGCAAGUCCUACUGAUGGAAGCAGUAGACAAAGUUCACCUGAGCCAAACAGUCCCAGUGAGUAUUGUUUUGAUGUGGACAGUGUAUUCAAGUUGGAAUUGGUAGAGAAACUUUUUGCUGAAGACACAGAGGCAAAGAAUCCAUUUUCGAGUCAGGACACUGAUUUGGACUUGGAGAUGCUGGCCCCCUACAUCCCAAUGGAUGACGACUUCCAGUUACGUUCCUUUGAUCAGCUGUCACCAUUAGAAAACAAUUCUAGUAUGAACACAGUUACAGUCUUCCAGCCAACUCCACUGCAAGAACCUGCCAUUAACACCACCACUGCCACUGCAACUGCCACUGCCACUGAUGAAUUAAAAACAGUGACAAAAGAUGGUAUGGAAGACGUUAAAAUAUUGCUUGUAUCUCCAUCUCCUACCCACGUACCUAAAGAAACUACUAGUGACACAACAUCAUCAUCAUCAUCUUAUAGUGGUACUCAAAGUCGGACAGUCUCACCAAACAUAGCAGGAAAUGGAGUCAUAGAACAGACAGAAAAAUCUCAUCCAAGAAGUCCUAACGUGGUAUCUGUCAUUUUGAGUCAAAGAAAUACUGUUCCUGAGGAAGAAUUAAAUCCAAAGAUAAUAGCUUUGCAGAAUGCUCAGAGAAAACGAAAAAUGGAACAUGACGGCUCACUUUUUCAAGCAGUAGGAAUUGGAACAUUAUUACAGCAAGCAGAUGACCAAACAACUACUACAUCACUUUCCUGGAAACGUGUAAAAGGAUGCAAGUCUAGUGAACCAAAUGGAGUGGAGCAAAAGACAAUUAUUUUAAUACCCUCUGAUUUAGCAUGUAGACUGCUGGGGCAAUCAAUGGAUGAGAGUGGAUUACCACAGCUGACCAGCUAUGAUUGUGAAGUGAACGCCCCCAUACAAGGCAGCAGAAACCUUCUACAAGGGGAAGACUUACUCAGAGCUUUGGAUCAAGUUAACUGAGCUUUUUCAUAAUCUCAUUCCUUCUCUUUUUCCCCCUCCUUUUCUUUUUGGACACUGGUGGCUCAUUUACCUAAAGCAUUCUAUUUAUAUUUUCUAUAUCUAAUUUUAGAAGCCUGGCUACAAUACUGCACAAAACUCAGUUCAGUUUUGAUCCCCUUUCUACUUAAUUUACAUGAAUGUUUUUUUUUUAAUAUGUUCUUCGAUGCCAGAUCAUGGGCAGCACAUUUUCACAGCUCCUUGGGAUUUAAACUAUUGCAUUGCAGUAGCAUCAUUUUAAAAUGCACCUUUUUAUUUAUUUAUUUUUGGCUAGGGAAUUUGUCCCGUAUCGAAUUAUUUUUAAUAAAAUGCCAAUAUAAUUUUUUAAUAAAGCAGUAACCUUUCAUCAUGAUCAUAGGCUGUUGAAAAUUUUUUACUGGUUUCUUUUUUCACACUUUACAUAAGUAAUGCUUUGCCAGCAGUACAUGGUAGCCACAAUUGCACAAUAUAUUUUCUUAAAAAAAAAUGCCAGCAGUUACUCAUGCAAUAUAUUCUGCAUUUAUAAAACUAGUUUUUAAGAAGAAUUUUUUUUUGGCCUAUGAAAUUGUUAAACCUGGAACAUGACAUUGUUAAUCUUAUAAUAAUGAUUCUUAAAUACUGUAUGGUUUAUUAUUUAAAAUGGGUAAAGCCAUUUACGUGAUAGAAAGAUAUACAUAUAUCUGGAAGGUAUGUGGCAUUUAUUUGGAUAAAAUUCUCAAUUCAGAGAAAUCAUGUGUUUCUAGAGUUACUUUUCAGCUCAAAAGAAAACAGUACCCUAUGUAGUUGUGGAAGUUUAUGCUAAAUAUUGUGUAAUUGAUAUUAAACGUAAAUGUUCUGCCCACCUUGUUGGUAUAAAGAUAUUUUGAGCAGACUGUAAGCAAGAAAAAAAUCAUGCAUUGUUAGUAAAAUUGCCUAGUAUGUUAAUUUGCUCAAAAUACGAUGUUUGGUUUUAUGCACUUUGUCGCUACUAGCAUCCUUUCUUCAUAUAGGUUUCAAUAAUUGAGUAAUUUUAGAAGCAUUAUUUUAGGAAUACAUAGUUGUAGUAAACUUGUUUUUUCUAUGUACAUUGUACAAAUUUUUCAUUUCUUUGCUCUUUGUGGUUGGGUCUUACACUAACUGUAUUGUUUUGUUACAUCAAAUAAACACCUUCUGUGGACCAGGCCCCUUUCGGUCAGCUUUUAUGUUGAAAUAAUAUUUGCUUCAAUACCUUCAGCUCAUAAAAUUGCUUCCCAAUAAUUUAAGUAGUUCACGAAAAUUACAUUGUACCUUUCUACAUUUAUUACCAUGGCCCUAAUGUAUGCUGUGUCCCAUGUUAAAUAAUAACAAGCAUUGUAAAGAAUAUCUUUUUAGAAAUUUGUCGUUUGUAAAUUUAUGAGCCUAUUAAAGUGUAAAACAGAAA